UCAUGUCGGUGAGGUCCUGCAAGCGUUGGUCAAGGGGAUCCUGCAGGUUGUCGUCUACAAUGCCUGGCUGAAGAUGCAGCUGCAUAUAGGCCAUCGGAUCAUGGAGAUCCAUGCUGGGAAUAGUCGACACGAGAUUGCUCUGGAUGGGUGGCAUGGCUCUGUAUACCUAGGAAGCCUGAGCAGGGGUGAAAAGAAACAUGUGCUUCUUGAAUUACGGCUUCCACGCGUGCCAUACUCGCAGAAUGACCCGGAGUCCACCGUUGCGCAUGUGGCUUGCGAAUACCGUGAUGGCAUCCUCCCAGGUGUGCAGCGCAUGGCUCCGUCGCAAGCCCUGUCCAUAAGGCGCUUGUUACAGGUGACACCGGAUGAGGCAAGGAGGGAGAGGGAAGUGGAAGAGCAUGUAGUUUGCAUGAAGGUGGCAGUAAUGCUGCCGAAGGUUGCCAAGCGUGGCAGAGAAAGAGACCCGACUAGUGUUCAACGCAUGCUUCAGGAAUUCCGUAGGAAGGUCGGUGAAGAACACUUGGCGGGUGGAGGGUGUGUGAGCCAGUCUCUGGCGUCCCUUUUGCAAGAUCUUGAUCGAUGCAUCGACUUCUUCGCCACCCGUGAGCGUUUCGACUCCUUGGGGUACCCGUAUGCGCUGUCCUGCUCGUCUGCUCUUUUGGCGGGUAAGCCCAUGGUUGUCAAUGGACCUCUCCUUGAGGUCCAGCAUCGGCAUCAACAGGAUCCUGAUGACCAUGACCCUUAUCAUCACCACCCGUCAACAUUGCCAGGAAGAGCUGGAGGUGGAGGGGGAGAUGGAGAAGGUGGUGUUGGAGAUGGUAGGGUGCAUGAGGGCUUUGUUGGUUCGCGACAUUUUGGUGUGGAUGAUCCUGCAGAUCUGCACGCUGAGAUAGACACCGAGGUCGUGCCCAGCAUGGAGGAAGAGCCAGCUAUGCAAGUGAAUGCCAUGUUGGUGGACAUUCCCGAACACGGCCAACGAGGCAUCGUCGGCGGCCAACUGCCGUUUUGGAGUUACCCAGGGUGGGGAGAAGAAUCUCCUGCAGCGUACAUGCUUCCUUUUCCCGAUUUCAUAAUAUUCCCCGACAACUCGCCUCCCAUGGGAGAUGUGCCCGAAUAUGUGCGCCAGCAGGACGUACGCCCCCUUGCAGAUGCACUCGAGGAUGAAGAUGACCACAAUCAUGGAAACGACAGUGAGGGGGACGAGGGGGAUGAGGACGUGGGUGUUGACGAGGAGACGGAUGAUGUGGAGGGCGGUGGCAGUGGUGGUAUAGGAGAGGGCAGGGACGGAGAUGAUGGCGAAAGAAAUGAGGAGGGGGGCAACAGCGGGGAAGGUGGUCAUGGUGGUCAUGAUGAUAUGGGCGAUGAGGAAGAGGAUGAUGUGGAGGAGAGGCUGGGUGAUGCACUGAGGCCUGGGUUAGUGAUUCUGGAGCAACUGGAUAGUGAGGAGGAGGAGGGCGACAGGAUUGGCAGGGUUUCCCCAGAAACGCAUAUGUGCUGUGAUCAGAAUCUCGAGGACAUGCCGUCUCUAGGUACUCUCAGGGAGGAUGGGGAGGAUGGGGAGGAUGGGGAGGAUGGGGAGGAUGCUCAUCACGAGGUGGAGAUAGGGCCAGAAGACGCAGGUCAAUUGGAUCUGGAAGGAGAGGUUGAUUUACGUAUCGCAUUUGACGGAAGCGAACAUGAGGACUCUGGCAUUUGCAGGAACGAGCAUCUGGCAGACGAAGACAGCGACAGUGCUCCUUGCACGGAUCUCCCCACAAUGUCAUCUUCAGAUGCAAAUGAGCAGCUCUUGAGGCAACCGUGUCCCAUGUCAGCGCAGCUCCAUGCGCAGGAACCGUUUGGUAUGGCUGGCAUUUCGCGACCAGAGGAGGAUGGAUUGUCAGCGCUGCAGAAGCUUGAUCAGGAGCUCAGAGAAGAAACUCAGCUUGUGCAGGCUGGGUUAUCAGAGUUGGGGCUUGGUUGUGACGAGUCGCAAGAAUUUCAGGAGGAUAUACGAUUUGAAGUUGUGGAGGCGGGAACAAUGCAAGUGCAACAGCAAAUCCCACUGCAUGAAGAUGCAGACGAAGAUGAACGUGACGAAGAGGUGGAAGAGGAGGAGCAGGGGGGCGGGGAGGAGGAGGACGAGGAGGAAGAAGACGAGGAGGAGGAGGUGGAAGACGACGACGAAGAAGAAGAAGAAGAACAUUGUUCUGGUGAUCGGAAACUGCUCUCAUCCUGCGAAUGUCAAGUGGAAAUCCCAUUUGAGGAGGAUGCCAGCAGCAGCAGCAGCAGCAGCAGCUCAAACAGAUCCCAACACCCUUUACAACAUGAUGAAGAUUUGAAUGUCGGCGGUGGAACAGCUCAAGAAGCGGACACUUUUGAUAUUUUUGGCUUCGGAAAGGCAAUCACUGAACAUGAAGGAUGUGCAUUAUUGCAUGGUGAUGAAGAAGCAUGCGCUGUUGUGUUGCACAGUGACCAGGGCAUACAGCUAUCAGAAGAAGCAGAAGAAGCGGACGAUGCGGAAGACCCAGAUCAACUAGCCGGUUACCAGUGGCCCGUCACUGCUGGCGAUGGUACCACCCGUCAGCGGGUAUUGCUCUCCGAGGACGAGGAUGUUUUGCCUCAGUGGCCUGUCACCGGUGGUGAUGGGGCCUCUCAACAGCACUUGGUCUCGGAGGAGGAGGAGGAUGUUGCGCCUUUCGUGGAAGAGGACGACUCAGAGUCAGAGGUGGUGCCAUCGUCAUCUGUCGCUUUCACGUGCGCUAGUGAGCCUCCACCGUUGACAACAAUUCCCGCCCUCAGUGAUAGCUUCUGCAAAAAUGCAUGGGAUGAGAUCGGUAAUUCGUCAAGGAGGGAAAGCAGUAUUCCCCAUGUGGCAGAUCCACCAUUUUGUAUGCUAGAGAAGAAUCAGCCGGCAGCAGAGGAGGGAGGAGAACCUCCCAUACCCGCACCAACGUUUUCGGAUGCGAGGGUACGAUAUCCUGGUCCAGUGAUGCCGAGUCAGGAACCACAGGAUGUUGCUGACGACUUGAGGGAAGAGCAUAGCAGCAGUAGCACCACCGUAUGGGCGUUCCAAGUGCCGAUAUCGUCGUCAUCAUGGCUUUCACACUCGUCGAGUGCGGCAACGCCGAUGUCUCCUACCCGCCGCACAAAUCUCAGCGGAAGACAAACUACUUCGCUGACGACCCUCUUCCCUGGUUUGUUCCCAUCAUCAGCCAACAGACAUACGCCGCAUACGGGACUGCCGCCUCCUUGGCAGUCCACAACUUCAUCUCUAUGCCAAGCCGGGCCACUUGCACCUCCCAUCUCCGGUGGCCAGUCCUCCGCUUGGAUGGCAACACAACCGCAGCUCGUCACUCCUAAUACUUUAGCAUCCUGGUCGAAUCCAGCAUCCCAGUCGCUGUCAGCAUCCUCGUCGUCUUUCCGUCCACAAAUGCCGGCGGUCUCAAGUCCCCUGGCAGGGAGUAUCCCCAGCUCUGGGAGUCAAUGGCCUCCCCCAUCAUUCACAACACCUCAAAUCAACUAUUAUUCUUCUCCAAGUGGAUCGCACGUCUCCCCGAUAGGCCGCUUGCUUUCACACCCUCCUCCUCACCUACCCAUCCUGCCCCCGCUGCCAUCUCCUCCGUCGUCAUCACAGCCACCACACCUUCUCCCUCCUCCUCCACCAUCCCCGGCAAGUGUUCUGGCAUCACCAUCCGACUCUUCCUUGCAACUACAUCUUCCCUCUGUUAUGCCCCACAACAAUCUGCCCCCUGCUCUUCCACAGCUUUCAAGUUCUCUAUUAACGCCAAUCUCGUCCCCAUUGCCACCAACCCCACCCUCUUUGUCUUUCGCUGCUCCUUUCUGUAUGGGCCCCUCAUCGGAUGCGCAGAGCACACUCCUGGCAUCGUCUGGUUGUUUGCCUCCAUCGUCAUCCAUGCUAGCCCCCCAGUUCUUGCCCAGCACGGGAACUCCUCCGAACAUCUUGAGACGGAGCACAAAACCAGGGGCUGUUCCGGGUGGGCUGCCUCCAACCCCGGCUGGAUCAAGGUUGGCUGCCGGAGAACGAGACGACGGUUGUACGCCAUCGCCGAUGGGCUCGGCAGGGUGCAACACUAACUCCACCGUGAGAAUGGGUACCGGUAAGUUCACCUGUCAGCAAGCGAUCACCAAUUCCUACUCUCAGAAUUUGGCGAACAAUGCUGCUGCUGCUAUUGCUGCUCCAGGACGAAAAUGGGCGCCGGUUGAGGGGCUGCCGUUGAUGGAAAGAGACUUGUCAUCCUCGGAGGAAGGAGGUGAUGAGAGGAUUCGAGAGACAGAGGAAAUCUCCUCUUCCGCUUGAAAAUGAUGUUCGUUGUAGAUGCCAGAACGCGGACCAACUGUCAUCAAGAGCCCAAAGCCAUGUAAAGUCCAUUGGCAAUGCCGUAACAAUCUUGUGUAUGACGGUUGGCCAAGAUGUAAUGAUUCAUCGAGGCCAUGCAGAUCACCCCACCAGCUGCACACGGGAAGGUGCGCUCACUGGGAAACGGACGAGACGAGAAGGUUUCUGCUGAGCACGGUUUUUUUUUUUGGGUUUUCCGUGUAAGUAAUUAGUUGGCUCCCCCUCAGCUCACAUGCAUUCAUAACUGCAUCAUAUCCGUUUGAUGUUUAUUUGGUGGGGACCACCACCACCACCUAUUCUUGAGUAUCCAGUCCUUCUGUCAGUUUGUUUCGUCAUUUGCCCGCUGCGUCGACUGGUAUUCAUGCCUUCUGUAUGCAUCUUGUGUUCUUUUUUUUUUCCCUAUUCUGCGUGUUGUGUGUAUGGAUUGUGUCUGGAGAUUGGUAAUAAAGAGCAUGAGUGACCCUCCAGGCAAAGCUCAUGUGUAGCAAAAACAGAGAAUGACAUUCACCUACACAUAUGAAUCUACACAGGGGCAAGGAGUGGCACAUGUGGGAUGGGGGAGGGUGGGGGGGGCUGAGAGAGAGACAGACAGAGAGACACAGAGAGAGAGAGAGAGAGAGAGAGAGAGAGAGAGAGAGAGAGAGAGAGAGAGAGAGAGAGAGAACCAGAAAAGGGUUUAGGAUGCGGUGUCCACGGAGUGGUGGACUGGAAAUAGCACAAUCCACACCCAAAUGCAGACCAUGUAUCCACCGAUCUGUCGGUGCAUUCGCCUGCUGAGCCUUAGCUUUACAGCCUGUGGAUUUUCCAGAAGAGAUGAGGCACGAAAGGACGCAUAAAUGGUUUUAUUUCGCCACUCACCAGGAAAUCGGCGUUUGACCGUAAAAGUUUGGUGUUGUCGGUUUUCUGUACAGAGUGGAAGCGGUCAGGAUGGCAGGCAUAUAUAAGGGUGUUUUCACACAGGUGCUAAAACAUCCAUAAGGAUGUCGUCACCUAUGGAUGGAAAGCAUCCAUGAGGAUGUUUUCAUACCUGCUCCAUAAGUAUGUAUACGCAUGGUUUCCCACAUGCGAACAUGUUCUUGUCAUCUGUGUUGAGCAGGAGCAGGAUAUGUGAAUGUAGUAUUUUGCUCACCUGCUUCAACUGGAGUCCGAUCUCAGGUAUGUAUUUCAACAGUUAAGGGGGCGUACCAACUAAGCUAUGGCAGUUGGUGGGUAUAGGAAUGCAGAACACAGUAGAGAGGACAACCUCAGGUCCUCAAUUUCAACUCUCCUGUCAGGAUCACCGCACUCCCUUCGAGAUCU